AUGUCUGCUAGUGCUGAGGAGCAGUUUGCGUUCGGCCAUUUAGCGUAUCUUGUAUUUGAGUCCGUGCUUCAGGUCGUUAUAAUAUCUUUUGCCGGAUUCUGGAGUGCUAAGUCGGGGCUGUUGCCUAAGAAGGGUCAAAAGAUUAUAUCUGCAUUGAAUGUGGACCUGUUCACACCAUGUCUGAUUUUCAGCAAGUUGGCUAGAUCUCUGUCGAUGGCCAAGAUUUUGGAGAUUUCCAUCAUUCCGUUGUUCUUCGCUGUCAGCACUGGUAUCUCCUUCUUUUCAGGUAAAAUUGUGUCAAGAUUUUUGAGGUUGGAUAGAGACGAGAGUAAUUUUGUUGUUGCUAAUUCGAUAUUCGGUAAUAGUAAUUCGCUACCCGUCUCUUUGACACUAUCUCUCGCCUAUUCUCUGCCGGGGUUGACCUGGGAUCAGGUUCCUAAUGAUAACAGAGAUAGUGUUGCAUCAAGGGGUAUUUUAUAUCUGCUUAUCUUCCAGCAAAUCGGACAAAUGUUGAGAUGGAGCUGGGGUUACAACAAGUUGAUGAGAUGGUCCGGGGAAAAUCAUCAACAUAUGCCACCAUCCCAAAUCCAAGCUCACCUAGAAACACAGCAGAGAGAAGAUAUUUCCACCGAUGACUUGGGCCAAGAUUUCGGAAUCCAUUCCGAUUCCUUUCAUUUAAAGAUAUGGUUGAAGAUAAAGAAUUCCUAUCACAAGGUCAGGAGCUAUUUGAAUCCACCACUUUACUCUAUGAUUGUCUCCGUGUUGGUUGCCGCUAUCCCCCCUGUUCAACAUGAACUGUUCCACAAGAGCGGAUUCAUCAACAAUACGUUCUCGGAGGCAGUGAGUCAGUUGGGUUCAGUUUCAAUCCCACUGAUUUUAAUCGUGCUAGGUUCAAAUUUACAUCCAAACGAGGAAACUUUCCCAAAGAGUCACAAUCAUAAUAAAUUGAUCAUUGGUUCCAUCGUUGGUCGUAUGAUUUUGCCAUCAUGUUUCCUUCUGCCCGUGAUCACUAUUGCUGUGAAAUACAUCAAUGUUAGUAUCCUCGAUGAUCCAAUUUUCUUGGUUGUUGGUUUCUUGCUAACGGUAUCGCCACCCGCUAUUCAAUUAACUCAGAUUACGCAACUGAACGAAUUUUUCGAAGCUGAAAUGUCUAAUGUCCUAUUCUGGGGAUAUGUUGUGCUAAGUUUACCAGUAAGCAUAGUUGUUGUGUCUGCGGCUAUUUACGUUCUUCAAUGGGCAAACCCAGUGGCAGCAUAA